UUGUUGGCACUCUGUGUGCUUAAUGAUUCCUAAGAACUCACAUGAACUGAGCAAAUGAGAUAGAAACAUGGCAUUAUUAAUUACACUAAUUACCUGCUUUGUGAUUAUUCUUACUACUUCACAGCCUUGCCAGACCCCUGAUGACUUUGUGGCUGCCACUUCUCCAGGACAUAUCAUAAUUGGAGGUUUGUUUCCUAUUCAUGAAAAAAUGUUGUCCUCAGAAGACUAUCCCAGACGACCAGAAAUCCAGAAGUGUGUUGGCUUUGAAAUAUCAGUCUUUCUUCAAACUCUUGCCAUGAUACACAGCAUUGAGAUGAUCAACAAUUCAACACUAUUAUCUGGAGUCAAACUGGGGUAUGAAAUCUAUGACACUUGUACAGAAGUCACAGUGGCGAUGGCAGCCACUCUGAGGUUUCUUUCUAAAUUCAACUGCUCCAGAGAAACUGUGGAGUUUAAGUGUGACUUUUCCAGCUAUAUGCCAAGAGUUAAGGCUAUCAUAGGUUCUGGCUACUCAGAAAUAACCAUGGCUGUCUCCAGGAUGUUGAAUUUACAGCUCAUACCACAGGUGGGUUAUGAAUCAACAGCAGAAAUCCUGAGUGACAAGAUUCGCUUUCCUUCAUUUUUACGGACUGUGCCCAGCGACUUCCAUCAAAUUAAAGCAAUGGUUCACCUGAUUCAGAAAUCUGGUUGGAACUGGGUUGGCAUUGUAACCACAGAUGAUGACUAUGGACGAUUGGCUCUUAACACUUUUACAAUUCAGGUUGAAGCAAAGAAUGUGUGCAUAGCCUUCAAAGAGGUUCUCCCAGCCUUUCUUUCAGAUAACACCAUUGAAGUCAGACUCAAUCAGACACUGGAGAAAAUCGCUUUAGAAGCCCAGGUUAAUGUCAUUGUGGUAUUUCUGAGGCAAUUCCAUGUUUUCGAUCUCUUCAAUAAAGCCAUUGAAAUGAAUAUAAAUAAGAUGUGGAUUGCUAGUGAUAAUUGGUCAACUGCCACCAAGAUUACUACCAUUCCUAAUGUUAAAAAGAUUGGCAAAGUUGUGGGGUUUACCUUUAGAAGAGGGAAUAUAUCCUCUUUCCAUUCCUUUCUUCAAAAUCUGCACUUGCUUCCCAGUAACAAACUCUUGCGUGAAUAUGUCAUGCAUUUAUCUGCCUGCGCGUAUGUCAAGGACACUGAUUUGAGUCAAUGCAUUUUCAAUCAUUCUCAGGGGACUUUGGCCUACAAGGCUAACAAGACUAUAGAAAGGAACUUCUUUAUGAGAAAUGACUUCCUCCGGGAUUAUGCUGAGCCAGGACUCAUUCAUAGUAUUCAGCUUGCAGUGUUUGCCCUUGGUUAUGCCAUUCAGGAUCUGUGUCAAGCUCGUGACUGUCAGAAGCCCAACGCCUUUCAACCAUGGGAGUUACUUGAUGUGCUAAAAAAUGUGACAUUCACUGUUGGAGGGAAUUCAUUUCAUUUUGAUGCUCAUGGGGAUUUAAACACUGGAUAUGAUGUUGUGCUCUGGAAGGAGAUCAAUGGACACAUGACUGUCACCAAGAUGGCAGAAUAUGACCUGCAGAAUGAUGUCUUCAUCAUCCCAGAUCAAGAAACAAAAAAUGAGUUCGAGAAUCUUAAGAAAAUUCAAUCUAAAUGCUCCAAAGAAUGCAGUCCUGGGCAAAUGAAGAAAACUACAAGAAGUCAACACAUCUGUUGCUAUGAAUGUGAGAACUGUCCUGAAAAUCACUACAGUAAUCAGACAGAUAUGCCUCACUGCCUAUUAUGUAACAACGAAACUCACUGGGCCCCUGUUAGGAGCACUGUGUGCUUUGAAAAGGAAGUGGAAUAUCUCAACUGGAAUGACUCCUUGGCUAUCCUGCUCCUGAUCCUCUCGCUACUGGGAAUCAUAGUUGUUCUGGUUGUUGGCAUAAUAUUUACAAGAAACCUGAACACACCUGUUGUGAAAUCAUCCGGGGGAUUAAGAGUCUGCUACGUGAUCCUUCUCUGUCAUUUCCUCAAUUUUGCCAGUACAAGCUUUUUCGUUGGAGAACCGCAAGACUUCACAUGUAAAACCAGGCAGACACUGUUUGGAGUGAGCUUUACUCUCUGCAUCUCCUGCAUUUUGACGAAGUCCCUAAAAAUUUUGCUAGCCUUCAGCUUUGAUCCCAAAUUACAGAAAUUUCUGAAGUGCCUCUAUAAACCGAUCCUUAUUAUCUUCACUUGCACAGGUAUCCAGGUUAUCAUUUGCACACUCUGGCUAAUCUUUGCAGCACCUACUGUAGAGGUGAAUGCCUCCUUGCCCAGAGUCAUCAUCCUGGAGUGUGAGGAGGGAUCCAUACUUGCAUUUGGCACCAUGUUGGGCUAUAUUGCCAUCCUGGCCUUCAUUUGCUUCAUAUUUGCUUUCAAAGGCAGGAAAUUACCUGAGAAUUACAAUGAAGCGAAAUUCAUAACAUUUGGCAUGCUCAUUUACUUCAUAGCUUGGAUCACAUUCAUUCCUAUCUAUGCUACCACAUUUGGCAAAUAUUUACCAGCUGUGGAGAUUAUUGUCAUAUUAAUAUCUAACUAUGGAAUCCUGUGUUGCACAUUCUUCCCCAAAUGCUAUGUUAUUAUUUGUAAGCAAGAGAUUAACACAAAAUCUGCCUUUCUCAAGAUGAUUUACAGUUACUCUUCCCAUAGCGUGAGCAGCAUUGCCGUGAGUCAUGCUUCACUGGAGUCCAUGCACAGUAAUGUCACAGUGAACAAUCCCAGCUCUAGUGACAAGUCUGCAACCUGGAAGAAAAGCAAAGAUCUUCAGGUGCAAGCAUUUGCACACAUAUGCAAAGAAAAUGCCACAAAUGUAUCUAAAACUUUGCCUCGAAAAAGAAUUUCAAGUAUAUGAAUUAGCCUGAGGAGAUGCCACAUUCCAGAAUAAAAUGUUUCCAGAGUAUUUGCAUCUAAGAUGUGCAUUUAAUUUCCCAGCAAAUGUGUCAUAUAUAUUUCCUCACCACCAUCUUUAUCAAGUUUUAGUUGAACAGUCACUCUGUCCAAUAACCUAUUUAACAAAUAGAAUUGAACCUUCAGCCUGAAACUCCUUUCAUUUCUUACCACUUUCAUUGGCCUCCAUCUUUACCAGCUUCCUCUUAGGCGCAUCGUUAAAGACUUCUCUUCCAUUCAAAGUUGUCCUCUGAUGUGUCAUCCUUACUCCGUUCUCAACCACAUCUUUUCAAAUCUCUUUGUAUGGAUUCUCCUCUCUUGAGCAAUUUUACUCUUCCCCUUCCACUGCUCAGUGCAGUUGUACAAGCAUUUGAGCAAUUACCAUGAACCAGGUGAUAUGCUAAAUAACAAGGUACAAAAGCAGCAAGGCAUCACUGCUGAUCUCAAGGAGUUCAAAAUCCAAGGAGAGACAGGCACAUAUAGACAUCUUCAAUCAGUGUGAGGAAGUCUAUGAUUAUAACAUAUGUAGAGCACUAUAGCAGUAUAGAGAAAUGGUACUGAACCACACUGGGGCAGGAUGGGAGGGUUUAAGAGAAGACUUUAAAUAAUGAGUAUAAUUUUUAGGUAAAACCCUGAAAGAUGAGUAGGAGUUAGCUAACUAGAGAAAGCACAGAAAGAUAUUCUAGAUAAAGGAGGAGAAUGGGAGCAACAACGGAAAGUGUAAGAAGAAGUUGUGUUCAGGGAACUGUCAUCAUUUAGGUAUUACUGGAGAGGAGUCCUCUCUGGCAUGUAGAGGUUAGCUCAUGAGAGAAUGCCACCCAUUGGAGUUUCUUGCUAAGGAGUAUGGGUCUUUGUCCUGUGGGGCUGUGGAUAGCCAUUAAAGUGUCUGGCAGAGAAGGGACAAGUGGGCCCAAAGUCCCCAGAAUAAUCACUCUGAUACAAGGUGGAGGAUGGAGUCUAGUUAAGAGAGGAUUAGGAUCUGUACCAGGGAAUAGAAAGGGGGAUAUGUAUAUGCAUUCAAGCUAUAUAGAAGGUAAUCAUUUAUUUGACGUGGUCAGUGAAGGAUGAGUUACGGGCUUCUAGAUUGGUUUAUUGAAAUGUCGUAUGAAAUAUAGGAAGAAGAAGUGGCUUAGAGUAGAAGAUGGAAUGUUGAAUUUGAGGUGCCUGGAAGAAUUUUAAGAUAUAUCAAAUAUUCAUAUGGACAUAAGACUAUGAGCCCAGGGGAUGGUUGUCAAGGCUGGUGAUAAGAAUUUGGAUGUUCACAUUGCUCCCAUCUAUAUAAACCAUAAAUACACAAAAUAACACUGCCCCUAAUCUUUACUUUUUCUUUAGCUGUCACUCUCUUUCUUCCUCCAUCUCAUAAUAGACUGUUUAGAGGAAGACUGUAAUUAUUGAAUUGUGACCUAUUAGUUCUCAGUUUAUUUAAAAUCUGGCUUCUAGUUGCACCACUCUGAUAAAAUAAUUCACUGAAAGUUUACCUGUCACUCUUUAUCUCUCAAAUUCGAUGAUUAUUUUUAAGUGUUUAUCUCCCUUGAA